AUGGCUUCGGGUGAAGGAAACCAGACUGGCCAGCAUAUUGUACGGGCGGAUGAGGUUGAUCAAACAGGGAUGGAUAUCUCCCCUAUGCCUGACGAGCAGCUCAUGCCCAAUGUAGUCCGUGACCUCAAGGCAGAACAAGCUCGAAGCCAGGAUGAAAAACUUUCAGAAUACCCACAACGCCAUCCAGCACAACCUCCGCGUCCUGAGUUGCGACGCAAUACUAUCGCUCCCCCGCCCCCGUUGCAGCCGCCUCCACCGGCCCCGACACCACGAAAUCUAGAGCCCGCAACUGAUUCGUUGAGCUUAGCUCAAUUGCGAAAGAUUGUCCAAGACCUUCCCAAAACGGAAGAGCAUCCUGUGUAUGCUUUUUCUUAUGCGGAUUCCCAGCCUUUCCCAGAGGAAUUGGACGAAUGGUUUCAAUGUAAUGAGGCUGAUCGACUGAUGUUGCUUGGAUCAAAGGCGUCAUUCGAACAAAAUUGGUCCCAGUUUGUCCAGUCGUUACAUGGAAAUGUUCCUGAUAUCACCUGGCUUAAUGCUGCAGAAAAUUUGAAAAAGACUUUCCUGGAGGGGCUAUUAACGAACCUCACAAGAAACACUGAUAUUUCGGCACGAAUUGAAGCUCUUAACUGUAUAUGUUACCUCAUCACCGGUAUCUGGGGGAUUACUGCAGGCAAGACCGCGGACGAUUACCCAACCGAGCUUUCUGAAAAAGAGGCGGCAGAAACCCCAGGAGAGAAGUCCUUGCAGAUUCAAUGGAUGGAGAAGAAUGCGGACCUUAUCCGGCACACCAAAGCAUUGGUUCCGCUUUUCCACUAUCUGAAAGAAGUCUUCGAUAGUAAUCAAUCAGCCACUUAUGAUGAUAUCAAAGGUUUUGAUGGCGACACUGGCGCAACCGCAUACUGUGCAGCCCGGGACCGGGAAAUGAAUUUGACCGUUACGAUAUUCUAUUUCCUGGUCGAAAUUGCUCGUAGACAGCAAGCACGGCAGCCUGAUAGGCCUUUUCUGAAAGAUGAGUUCGCUGCGCUAGACCCGAAUUACCUUGUUAUAGUAGCCCAGAUCAUUGCUCGGUUGCGAUGGGAGGAUGUCACCAAUUUUCCGUUAACAAGGCGUGCAAAAACCGUAUUAGAACCGAAGUACGAUGGGCAAGCCAGCAAUUCGAAAUCUUCACUACCAGCUCUAACAGCCUCACCCCUCGAUUAUCAUACAUUCCGACAAGAAAUCACAUCAAAAUAUCCUUCUUAUAACCCUCCUCCUGCCCUAAUUCCUUUGGAGCUGGGGCAUAAUUCCAUUCUUCCACCGCUUCCCACGGUAUCUAACCGAGUUAACACGUCGACGCUGUUUUCAGGCGUGUCGGCAUCCUCUGGAACUGGAAACGGCUCUAUUCUACACAAAUCUGUCCACAUUGCAACUCCCGCGCCUUCUCCUCCGCCCUCACCUGGUGGACCUGGAAAGGCAGGUAAAAAGCAAAAUUAUCAAACGAAUCAGAACUUCCCGUUUAUGUACCCCCCACUGGAUAGCCUUAGCAACAAUAUUGGUGGAAAGGGUUCAAGUGACAUACAAGACACAUUGGUAGGCCAGAAGUGGGAAGGGAGUGAUGUCCCAGCGUCGAUUAUUGAGGCGGGAAAGCUAUUUUCAAGUCGGAUGCGGAUGACGAGAGCAAUUAGGCAACUCUGGGAAGAACGUGAGAGGUUCUUGAAAUAUGAUCGAGGUUGGGGUGCAAACGGGGCGACUACGCAGAAACAAAUACUGCCCAAUCUUCAGUCCGUCGUCAUCGUCCUGCUAAAGGAAAUACUGACAAACAUUACGGCGGAUGCUGGCCAGUCAAAUGGUAGUAGCCAGAACGGACAAAAAUCUGGGGUGAUGUCUAAUGGGAUCAACGGUGCCCAGACUUCUACCGCCGGAGCAUACUCAAUGCCCGACCAUGUAGGGAAUCUAGAGGACCUUGAUGCCGUUAGGUCCCGGGAAAUAAAAUCCAAGGGCAUUUCUGGCGUGUUAUUGCUAUUGUUGAAAUGGUUCAAAAGAUCUCACAUUUUGCAAUUUGAAUAUAUGACCCAGCUUUUACUUGAUUCCAAUUAUUUGCCGCUGAUAUUAAAGAUGUUUAUACAUCAAGAUGUUGAUAGGGCUGUGGCUCAAAGGAAUGACAGGAAAGAUCUAAGCUUCUUCCAUUUCUGCCACGUCCACUCUGAUCAACCACCGCUCGCUCUUUCUGAACCUGAGCCCGAAAGAUUAGAGGAUAGCGAAGAAGAAGCUGUCCCCCCUCCGAUAUCUCGAAGCCGAUCAUCCUUAUCUGUGCUCAAUGCAGCUGCAACACCCAGCGAGAAAGCUCAGGAUCACUUCACAGAUGGUGCAUUCCUCCCCGAGGUUGAUGAACUAGGCUUCCCGACCGCUCCACUUCCCGACACGCCGAUUACCGAAUUCUCAUUCCGCAACUUCUUUUCUGCGAUAAAUUACCUUCACAUCAUGCAAAAGAUCACCCGCAACAAAGCUCAUCGCUGCCUGCUACUUCGCCGUGCUACGAAAAGGAAUUAA